AUGGCAACAUAUCUGGAGUUCAUUCAGCAGAAUGAAGAACGGGACGGUGUGCGUUUCAGUUGGAAUGUGUGGCCUUCUAGCCGUCUCGAGGCUACGAGAAUGGUGGUACCUUUGGCUUGUCUCCUUACACCUUUGAAAGAACGUCCAGACCUGCCCCCUGUACAGUAUGAACCUGUGCUGUGCAGCAGGCCAACUUGCAAAGCCAUUCUCAAUCCACUUUGUCAAGUUGAUUAUCGGGCAAAACUUUGGGCCUGUAAUUUCUGUUUCCAAAGAAAUCAGUUUCCUCCAGCUUACACAGGCAUAUCUGAGGUGAAUCAGCCCGCUGAAUUGAUGCCCCAGUUUUCUACAAUUGAGUACAUGAUACAGCGAGGUCCACAGUCCCCUCUAGUCUUCCUUUAUGUGAUCGACACAUGCCUAGAAGAAGAGGACCUUCAAGCACUCAAAGAAUCUCUACAAAUGUCCCUGAGUCUCCUUCCUCCAGAUGCUCUGGUGGGUUUGAUCACAUUUGGGAGGAUGGUGCAGGUUCAUGAACUCAGCUGUGAAGGAAUCUCCAAAAGUUAUGUCUUCCGAGGGACCAAGGAUUUAACUGCAAAGCAGAUACAGGAUAUGCUUGGCCUGACCAAGCCUGCCAUGCCCAUGCAACAAGCAAGACCUGCUCAACCACAGGAGCACCCUUUUGUUUCAAGCAGGUUUCUGCAGCCUGUUCACAAGAUUGACAUGAACCUCACUGACCUUCUCGGGGAACUGCAGAGGGACCCAUGGCCCGUAAAUCAAGGGAAGAGACCUUUGCGAUCCACUGGUGUUGCUUUGUCUAUUGCUGUUGGCUUGUUGGAGGGCACUUUUCCAAACACCGGAGCCAGGAUUAUGUUGUUUACAGGGGGUCCCCCCACCCAGGGACCUGGAAUGGUGGUUGGAGAUGAAUUAAAAGUUCCUAUUCGUUCUUGGCAUGAUAUUGAGAAAGAUAAUGCACGUUUCAUGAAGAAAGCAACCAAGCACUAUGAAAUGCUUGCUAAUCGAACUGCUACAAAUGGCCACUGCAUUGAUAUUUAUGCUUGUGCCCUUGAUCAAACUGGACUUUUGGAGAUGAAAUGCUGUGCAAAUCUUACUGGAGGCUACAUGGUAAUGGGAGAUUCUUUCAAUACAUCUCUCUUCAAGCAGACAUUCCAAAGAAUUUUUAGUAAAGACUUUAAUGGAGAUUUCCGAAUGGCAUUUGGUGCUACUUUAGAAGUAAAGACCUCUCGGGAACUGAAGAUCGCAGGAGCCAUUGGUCCUUGUGUAUCUCUGAAUGUGAAAGGACCAUGUGUGUCAGAAAAUGAGCUUGGUGUCGGAGGCACGAGUCAGUGGAAAAUCUGUGCCCUAGAUGCCACAUCUACACUUGGCAUUUACUUUGAAGUAGUCAAUCAGCACAACGCCCCGAUCCCCCAAGGAGGCCGAGGUGCCAUCCAGUUUGUCACGCAGUACCAACACUCCAGCACCCAGAGACGUAUCCGUGUGACUACCAUUGCCCGAAAUUGGGCAGAUGCACAGAGUCAGUUCAAACACAUAGAGGCAGCAUUUGACCAGGAGGCCGCAGCAGUCCUGAUGGCCCGACUAGGAGUGUUCCGAGCAGAGUCAGAGGAGGGGCCUGAUAUACUCCGGUGGCUGGACCGACAACUCAUUCGACUGUGUCAGAAGUUUGGACAGUAUAACAAGGAAGAUCCCACUUCUUUUCGGUUAUCAGAUUCCUUCUCUCUGUAUCCUCAGUUCAUGUUCCAUCUUAGAAGAUCUCCAUUUCUUCAAGUGUUUAACAACAGUCCUGAUGAGUCGUCAUACUACAGACACCAUUUUGCCAGACAGGAUCUGACCCAGUCCCUCAUCAUGAUCCAGCCCAUUCUCUACUCCUAUUCGUUCCAUGGACCACCAGAGCCAGUACUGUUGGACAGCAGCAGCAUUCUAGCUGACAGAAUUUUGCUGAUGGAUACUUUCUUCCAAAUUGUCAUUUAUCUUGGUGAGACCAUCGCCCAGUGGCGUAAAGCUGGGUACCAGGACAUGCCUGAAUAUGAAAACUUCAAACACCUUCUGCAGGCACCAGUAGAUGACGCUCAAGAAAUUCUGCAAGCACGCUUCCCAAUGCCACGUUACAUUAACACAGAGCAUGGAGGCAGUCAGGCUCGCUUCCUAUUGUCCAAAGUGAACCCGUCUCAGACACACAAUAACCUAUAUGCUUGGGGACAGGAAACGGGAGCACCCAUCCUAACCGACGACGUUAGCUUGCAGGUAUUCAUGGAUCAUUUGAAGAAGCUGGCUGUCUCUAGUGCCUCUUAA